UCCAUUGUUUCGAUUGAGAGGCGGAAGAUCUUUCCUAUUUCCAGCUGGGAUUAUUGUGUCAGUGUGGGGCUACUUCCCUUCAUGUGCGCGCCGCGAAGUCUGUAAGAACAAGGGACGAAAAAAUUGCAGCUGUCACGUCUUGCAAACUAAUGCUUUUGCACAUUAAAAAAAAAGGCAAAGAUCGAUGUGAAAAGCAGAUUCGGAUCAGCAGCCUCGGGCUUGCCUGUACGUCGUGACCAAGCUCCUGUUCAACAUUUGAUCUUCAGGAUUUUCUUCAAGGGGAGGGGAAGACAGCAAAAAAUGAAAAACAGAACUCAAAUGCCAUACCAGGACUAAACAGAAUAUGCCAACUGAAGGGAGUCAAGUUUAAUGGAGAAUUGAGGUUUAUAACUAUCUCAUGAAGCCCUGAAGUUCAAAGAUCUUGCCAGUAACAUCCACAUCCCUUGUAUGAAUUAAUCGAAGAAAUACGGUGCGACACGAAGCAGAAGGAUGAAGGCAGAAAAAGAGCGGGAACUAACUGGGAAAUCUCAGUGAGAUCCAGAUUAUCAAGUUUCAAAGUUGCUGUAAAUAAUUUAAAAGCACCAUGAGUGGAAUUCUGAAGCGAAAGUUUGAAGAUGUAGAAGGAACCUCACCAUGUUUCUCUGUAAGGGAGUCAGACGAUGAAGUCUCUGGGAGUGAGAGUGCUGAGAGUGGUGACAGCGUCAACCCAUCCACUUCCAGCCACUUUACUCCGUCAUCUAUUCUGAAAAGGGAGAAGCGGAUGAGAACAAAGAAUGUUCGCUUUGAUUACGUGACUGUGUAUUACUUCACACGGAGACAGGGCUUCACCAGCGUUCCCAGCCAAGGGGGCAGCACGCUGGGGAUGUCCAAGAGGCACAAGUGCGUACGACAAUACACACUGGGGGAAUUUGCACUGGAACAAGAGAGACUCCAUGGAGAAAUGCUGAAAGAACAUCUGAAGGAGGAGAAAUUGAAUUCAUUAAAACUGAAGCUCACGAAAAAUGGAACGGUGGAAUCUGAAGAGGCCAAUACACUCACGUUAGAUGAUAUUUCUGAUGAUGACAUUGAUCUGGAUAACACGGAGGUAGAUGACUAUUUCUUCCUACAGCCAUUGCCAACCAAAAAGAGAAGGGCGUUGUUACGAGCUUCAGGUGUUAAAAAGAUUGACGGAGAAGAAAAACAUGAGCUGCGUGCAAUUCGAGUGUCCAGGGAAGAUUGUGGCUGUGACUGUCGAAUUUAUUGUGAUCCUGAACUUUGUGCUUGUAGUCAAGCAGGGAUUAAGUGCCAGGUGGACCGUAUGUCUUUUCCAUGUGGAUGCACAAAACAAGGGUGCAGCAAUUCAGCAGGCAGGAUUGAGUUCAACCCUAUCAGGGUACGGACACACUUUUUGCACACAAUAAUGAAGCUGGAACUGGAAAAAAAUCAGCAGCAGCUUGGAAUGGAGAACGGUUUCUCGGGAGAUGUGAACGCCCACACUGGCCACUUGGUGCCGAGCCAGCAGCCCCAUGACUACCCUGUCGCAGAAAGCUUGGACAUUGAGAAUGAACCAGAAACGGCGGUGAUGCACCUGCAGUCAGCCGAGGAUCUGGAUUGGCAAGCGGAUGAUGACGAGGAAGAGGAGGAGGAGGAGGAGGAGGAAGAGGAGGAAGACGAUGGGAGUAGUCUGUGCAGUGUCAUCACGGACUCCAGCAUUCAGAGCUUGGCAGCCAGCGAGUCAGACGAAGAGGCAGACAGCAAAGUUGGGGCACAGCCUGAGGCUGUUUCCCUUCCAUCUGUGUUAUGUUAUGCUGAUGGCACUUCUGUGCAUGACGGCACACCACUAGAGGCUGUCCCUUAUUAUACUAAUUCGUCAACACUGUACUAUCAGAUAGAGUGUAAUGCCACGGCUACCACCACUGCCGUUACCACCAGCACCACAACUGCUGCCACGGACCGUGGCAACGAGCCUUUCUGCGUAGAAGCCACCUUAACCUCAAACUAUACCGAGAGGAGUCAGGAGACUGGAGCACUUUCUUUGGUGCCUUACGGUUCAGCUACAGAUCAGUACAUUGAAUACACGCAACAGCAGCCAGAGGGAAGCUUUACCAGUGCUCACUACCCCAUUACAACACCCUCGGUGAUCGUGUGUUGUCCCUCAGCACACGAAAACAAUGCACAGUGUAACGGUUUAUACUCUGAGCAGCAGCCCAGCCACUCUCGAGCAGAGCUACAGAGCUAUUUAAAUAACCACAUGCAAGACGAUUAUGUUGCAGCUUCAAACGGGGAUGUUUAUGCACCCAAGCAGGUACUGGAAAAUGCCAUCAUCCUCCCAGAGGGUAGUGCAUUGUUAGAAGAGACAAUCAAAAACAUCAGUAGUGGAAGCUCUGUCUGUUUAGUUUGAUCAGUUGCUGUCACAAUGGGGAAAAAACUAUUUAAUAGUUUACAGUUUUUAAACAGUCAUCACCUUUAGUUCAACUGAUCAGUAGUGGUGAUUAAUACCACUUAAUUUCUGUGGUUUAAAGACGGCAAAAAUGUAAUUGGAAAUGAGUUUCAUGCACAGCUGUGAAACACUGCAUUAAACAUUGUGAUUUAAUGUAAGCCAUUCAAGUCACUAAUAAUUUAUUUGACUUACUAAUGCAUUUUAACUGUUAAAUAAGCAUCACUGAUAAUGGACACCAAGUCAGCCAGGUUGCAUCUUCCUUCUUGGCUUUUACUCAAUGUGACAAUCUCAAAAAAAAAAUUUAAAUAAGGUCCCUGUUUUCAUCAGAAACGUGGAAAGAUUAUUUAUGUACUGUACAUGUGAAAAUCGUGAAAAUAAUUUGUGAAUUUAUUUAUGCCAGUCAGUGUACAAUUACGUGAAGUAUAUGUUAAAUAUUUCUUUGAUUAAUGGCAAGGGAAACUGAUAAUCCAAUUUGUGAUAACAGCAAAGAUUGUUUGAAAUGAUCAAGACGUCAUUUUCACUUAAGGAGUUAUUUUGAACUGAUUACGUAGACAGCUCUUUCUUUGCUGUGUUUUCAUUUAGAACUCAAUGGAAUUGUAAAGGCAGAACAGCUGGCAGACAAGCUAAACUCUAUAAAGUGUCUCUUACGUGUGGGGAAACAAUCCCAAAACAGAAUCUUCUAUUUCAGCUUAUAGCAUGUGCAAUGCUGAACGAGAAAUCCUGUAUUGCCCCACAUUGUGCAGAUAACACAUUAAUACUUCUGUGGGAAACACAGAGAAGUGGUAGUGAGGAGAAAUCUAUUCCUGUUAUCACCAAUCACUAAAAGAGUAUAUCACUUCUGUUAAGCAAACUUGAGUGAAAUCAUUACUACAGAAGAAAGAUUCUGCUCUUUAUAGUUAUUGUAACAUUUUUCAAGUUAAGAUUGAAUUUUUUAAAGAAAGGGAGUCGAGGUUUUAUCUGGCAAUGUAUUUCUAUUUUGUGUCACUCCUCUGUGAUUUAUAAUUUAUUAACAGUGUAAAUAGUACUGCCAAUGUCUAACUGCAUGAAACAGGUCACAAAAUGGAAUAGUGCAGACAUUCAGAUGUAGCGAGAUGACAAAUUUUCAAGAAGCAAUUCGUGCAAUGUUUGAUCAAGUCGUGGCUUUUCAAAAGGCAUUCCAGGAAAACACUGCAUCACAAAUUCCCUGUAGGGAGUAAUAAUGCUUAUGGAGUGGGAAGAAAAUAUACAGGCAACCCUGGUGAAGGUCAUUUGUUCUGAGAGCCUCAUUUUAACACUUCAUUAUAUGGUUCCUGAUAUCUUUUGACAGCAAUCAGAGGGGUGUGAAGUUAUGCCUGAGGUGAUGGAAGUACAUCCUUUCUUGGUGACAAGUUCAUUUGACACAAUACAUCUUACUUUAAACACUACUCCUGCUCAGUGUGUUGCAUUGGUGUAUAAAAGCUUGAAUUUUAGGUGGCGAUUUAACAAAAAAAAUUGAAAGGUUCAAAAAGUCAAAGUAUGAUUUUAUUUUUUAAAAUAGUCAUGCACUUUAAAUUCUGUCCAGUUAUCAAACAUAUCUUAGAGAAAUUAUCUAGAUCGCUUUAAAAGCUAAAUUGGAGCUUUGUCAUUAAUACUGAAAUUUAUUUCAGAUUUGACAUGUAAACAGAAUACAAUCAUAACUGUUCAUUACUUGUAUACAUUGUGCUUGUAUCAGAAGGAAACAAGUUGCUAUCUCCAAUCAGCUGGAACAAGUGUUCAGAUUUCCAAAUUGGCAUUUUUUUAACAUUUCAAACCCAAACUCAACUAAAACUUAUUAGUUGUAAAUUCUGAAUCUGAUAUCAAUUAUUGGAUUAACUUGUAUUUUUUUUAAAAAGGGCCAAAAUUAAUUUAACAAUGAAUAGUUUUUGUUUAAAAUACAGCUUUUAAGAGGCAGACAAGCUUUAAUUUUCAGUAUUCUUUAUAAAGUGACUUAAAAAAAACAGAAGUAGAUUACUGCUUAAAGUAGUCAAGUCUUCGAAUCACAUUUUGAAACAUGGAGGUUAACCUGUUCUAUAAUUUUGCUAGAUUAAUUUAUUUGCAAACAAAUGCAAUCAUCUCUGACAUGGUUAAUUGCCCUGAUGGUGGGAGGUAAGUGCCUGAUCCAGGUCUUGCUGUUGGUCUGUUUUCUUCUGGCAGGUCAGCUCCCAGAACUUCAGCCUAACCCAAAGGCUGUCUCAGCACAGACGUCUAACUACACUUCUGAAGCAGCUUUGAUGGGGGCUACACCUCCACCAGUUACCUGCCUGAGCUAAAUGACGGUCCAUGCUACAGGUUUUGGAUAACUUUGCAUUAACAGUCAGUAAAAGAUAAUUUCAUGUUAGCAUUUAACAUUUCAAACUAUCCAUUUCCUGCCACUUGUUACCUCCCGUUCAUCUGAAUGGAAACUACUGUCUAUGUGCAGGCAUAAAUCUGACAGUGGAUUCAUAGCACAGUGACAGCUGCAACAGAGUGGAAAAUACUACCAUAAACUUGUAUUAGUGCUGCAAACUCAGAAAUCCAGAGGGAAACUUCAGUAGGGAUGAGAAAAUCUACUCUCCUUUAACAUAUUUCAGAGAAUUAUAGUUAAAAUUGUCAUGUAUAAUAUUCCAUUGGCUGAACCUCCAACAUAUGCAACUAAUAUUUAGAUAUUUUACAACUCAAGGUUACAAACAUUCUUUACCUUUCAAGUUAUUUGUGAUUUACUUGUACUACUUCAGACAACAUCAAGAUUGCAGCAUUUUUUAAAAACAACUUACAAUAUACUUUGCACAAGCAUCUAUCUAUGAACUGCAGUAUUUACAAACAUCAUCCUUGGCUCAAUAACCUUUGAGACAUUCAAAAUAAAACUAGCAAAAACUACCAGACUGAAUGAUUGAUUUAGUACCUGCGAAGCUCAAGGGUUCACAACCUGGGGUCGGUAUUGUUCCGUGGCAUAAAAAAGGUUGGAAACCCCUGUGUUAGAUCAUGUUGCCCUACCUAAAUAGAGCUUAUCCUUUUAAGUUUAUAGUGGACCAUAGGAGCACGAUAUGUAUACAAGAGAUAUGAAUGAAUAAUUUGGUUGGUCAGUAGUUCAAGGGACAAUUUCAGAUAUGAUUACUACAACUAGAUUUUCUUUCUCAAUGCUUUGGUAACAGAAAUCACUUCAAGCACUGGGUCUUGAACAGUACUUUGUCUAGUGCACUGAGGCCAUUAAGGGAAAGGAAAGGUGUGUUAAAGAAAAAGCUGUUGUUCCAGUUGUUGAUGACAAGUGUUAAUCAUAUAUAAAUCACAAAUUGUUCAUUCCUUUAUCGUUAAUUGUACAAUAAUUCAUCCUGGAAGAAAACUGCAGAAAGAUAGUUUUCCAUAUGCUCAUAGAAGAAAUUUUUUUUUUUAAGAUCAAAAUGGACCUAAGUUUAUAUGACAGCUAAUACGUUUCAAACAGACUGCUGUUCCAAAGGACAAUUUUUGGACACUACUUUAUAUUUUGCAUAAGUAUGAGAGGAAUUAAAAUAUCGCAUUAAAUUUUACAACUCAAAUUUGACAAGCAGUUUAGUUGUCUCAUGCAGGAUCCUACCAUACAGGCAAUACUUUGCAUUGCUGUUUUAAAAAAAAAUUCUGGAAAUUGCAUUUUAUACAGUCUACCUGUGAUCCCAGUUUUGCCAAAAGAGAAGGUAGGCUACACUACUACACAAUUCCAAGAACUGAAAUCAAGCUGGGUCUUAUAUAUUGUAAUAAAAUUUUUCCCAAUAGCUGUAUACUUGGUAGUAUUUAUCUGUUCAGUAUUUAUUAUGAAUGAAUAAUGCAGACAUUCGAUGUAUUUAUUGUGGUUUGUUGCAACAGUAUAUUGCAAAUUCAUAUCUGUAACCUUUUUUGUUGCUAGUACAUUAGUGCUAAUUGUUAUGGCUGUAUGUAUUAUAUGAGCUUUAGUUUUCCAAUGUCUACUUGUUUGUAUUCCAGCUAUUGCAAGGUGCAGACUUGAUAUUUGUACAAUUAACUUGCAUCUUUGGGACCUGUAAAAAUUAGACAAUGUAUUGUUUCAGAAGUUCGUUGUCUUCUUUGCACAUACAGCUGUUGCUUAUAGAUGGUCAGACUGUGAAAAUUCUAUGUCUUAAUUAUUCUACGUUGCUGUAGGAAAUGAGGCCAAAAUACAGAACUGAA